GAACCUCCAACGCCAACUCGAGUUGCCAAAGGAAGGGGAGGCGGCGGCGGCGGCGGCGGCGAGGGGGGUCCAGCUAGACCACCCAAAAGUCGUAAGAGACCAUCAAGUUCACGAAACCUCGACGACCACUCGGGAGGUGGUGGUGGUGGCAGUGGCAGUGGCAGUGGCAGUGGCAAAUCACCCCAUCACUCUCCAGGCCACGGCAACAACAGCCCAGCCAACAUGAUCAAUCUGGAAUCCAACCACCAUUCCGGCGCCUACUACCCCGAGGACGCGGCCGACUACGAGGAGCAGGAGGCGACAGUCAAUCACCGGAAGGCCCGCUCAGUGGGCCGCUUCAAUCGCAACAACUUCCUCAUCAGCGAGCUGUUCAGCGAGCUGGUCGUGCCCGACCCGCGGCAGGCGGCCAGCCAAAGUCGCGUGGAGGCCCUGAAGCGGCAGGCCGACUCGCUGAUGGCCCACCAGCAACGCUCCCUCGCGGAGAUCGUCUCCAUGGAGAGGGCCUUCAAGGAGCGGACGGAGGCACUUCAGGCGGCCAGCGAAGAGUUCAAUCGGCAGCUGGCGUUGCUGAGCAAGCCGGUGCGCGACGACGAUGACAACUUCCUCGCGGCCUUCAAUCGGGCCCUGGCGCAGAUUACCGAGCAGAAUCAACAGCAGCAGCAGCAACAGCAACAACAGCAACAGCAAAUCCAAGAGCAGACUUU